GAGAUCACUUCUCGUGCAGCGUUGCAAGUGUCAGCUAUUCUCGAUGGAAUUAAAAUAUACUGGAGACCCUUAACUCGGUGACUGUGAACUAAAAUCUUCAAAGCAUUGUGGUUGCGCUUUUUAAUCAACAACUGCAGGCGCAUCAAUUGAACUGAACAAUUAAUUUCAAGAGCAAGCCAAUUGUAAAAAGAUAUAGUGAGAAACAGUAAUCGCUGAGAUGUCGGAAAAGCCUGUUGAAAAAGUAGAUCCUGAGAAAAGCAAAGGGCUGGAAAAUGAAAAUGACGCGGAUGGAAAUUCAGAUAGCACGGCGGAGGCGGCAGCCACGCCCACCGAGGAAGGUCCUGCCACCUUCGACAAGGCUAUCGAUGGCGCAGGCUUUGGCAUCUUCAACCUGAUGCUGCUCAUCGUCUCCAUUCCCGCCCAGAGUGCUGCCAUCUUCGAGUCCAGCUCCAUGUCCUACAUCCUGCCCAUUGCCGAGUGCGAUCUGCACCUGACUCUUGAGAACAAGGGUGUACUUAAUGCAGUGGCCUAUGCGGGCAUGACCAUUUCGGCCGUAGCCUGGGGCUACCUGGCGGAUACCAAGGGUCGCAAGAAGAUCCUCUACUGGGGCUAUCUCAUAGAUGCGGUGUGUGUUUUCGGCAGUGCACUGAGUCAGAACUUCAUGAUGCUGGUCGUUUUCAAGUUCAUGGGAGGAUUGGUGGUAAAUGGACCAGCUGCUGUGCUGUUUACUUAUCUGACAGAAAUGCAUGGUCCUAAACACAGGUCCUCUAUUCUGAUGAUCAUUGGUAUGGUGACUUCUACCGCCACGGUAUCCCUGCCCCUCCUGGCCUGGGGUAUUUUCCCCCGAGAUUGGGACUUUGAGUUCUGGGGCUUGCAAAUCCACAGCUGGCAAAUUUAUCUGUUCGUACUGGGCAUCCCGAGUUUGGUCAGUGGAAUAAUUUUCUGCUUCAUGCCGGAGAGUCCCCGAUUCUUGAUGGCCCAGGGAAGGAACGAGGAAGCUCUGCAGGCUUUCAAGCAGAUCUACCAUGUCAACAGCCGCAAGCCCAAGGAUAGCUACCCAAUUAAAGUCCUCAUUCAGGAGGUACCCGAUCGUAGAGCCGGUAAUAACGAGGUCAUCUACACCAUCGAGGAGAAGGCCAAGGAGGUUCCCACAAAGAGACCAUCGCGCACGCUGGCGGAGAGCCUUCGCUCUGGACUGGAGCAGAUGAAGCCGCUGGUCAGGAAGCCCCUGCUGGGACUGUCCAUCUGCUGCUACGUGAUGCAGUUCGGCAUCUUCCUGGGCAUGAACACCAUCCGGCUGUGGCUGCCCCAGCUCUUCGCCUCCAUGGCGGAGUUCGAGGCCCUCCACGAGGGCGAUGGUGUGGACGCCAGCAUGUGCACCAUCCUCGAGUUCAGCGUGAAUCGCACGGCGGAGACCGUUCUGAAUUACGCCGACGCGUGCUCCGUGCCCAAGGUAAUAUCAAUGGACAUGUACCUGAAUAAUAUAAUUGUGUCGGCCACUGGAUUUGUGGGCUACUUCUUUGCCGGAGGAAUAAUCCGAGCUCUGGGUCCCAAGCGCAUGAUGACCUAUGGACUCUUUUUGUCGGGAACCUUUGGCCUACUGCUUUACUUCUCUGUGAGCAGUCUGAUGACCCUCAUCGUGUCGGCCACCUUCCUGACAAUUACUGGAAUCGCUGUCUCCUCUCUUCUGGGAGCUGUGGUGGCCCUCUUUCCCACCCAGUUAAGAACCGUUGUGGUGGCCAUUGCCAUGAUGUGCGGGCGAUUUGGAGCUCUGACCGGAAACCUACUCUUCCCCGUGUUUGUUCAGAUCGGCUGCUUGCCUCCAUUUAUAAUGGUCUCCUCAGUGCUGAUAUUGGCAGGCGUUCUCUCAAUACUUAUACCCAAUCCCGCAAAGGCAACGUUUUCUUAGAGGACUUAUCCCUUUUCGUAAUCCUGGCCUAAAGGUUUCCAGUGUGAGAAUGAACCUUAAACGACUUUGGUUUCUUCCAAACCAGUUAUCCACUAAUUAAAACCAGAUCUUGCGACAUUAGCUUAGCUUUUGUUUAGUUGUACAAAUUAGAGAUAACGAAUUAUCUGGAGAUAGACGCUGAACAACUAUUUAUAUUUACCUUAAGUAAUCAAAUAAAAUAUACCUUUACUGCUGUA